CUUUAGUAAAUGUAAUGUUGAAAGACAAAUUAGUUCGCGUGCUACGCUCGACGCGAAUUCUCUGCAUUGCCUUUUCUGCCCAUGUCGAAGUGAAAUGCGACGGUAGAGAAUUGGCAGUUGCUGUUCUGUUGGCGAUUACUCGAUAUCACUUCAAUACCAGUAAUUCACAGGCUUCAUCUGACUGCGAGCAACCCCCAGCCCUGAAGCUAAUCACUGAAUCCGCUGCAAGACGCUGUGCGGAUUAAUCAUUUUCAACACUUCUCAAGUGGUUCAUGAGGAGACGGGUGGCUUGAGAUGGCAUUGAAAGGCUGGGAACCUGGAACACAAUGUAUGGCUAAGAGUGACCACAAAUCCACAAAGGAAGAUGAACUAUCAUUUCACAAGGGAGAUAUCCUGACGAUUAUUAAGGCUGUCAAUAACAAAGGUUGGUAUAGAGCAAAAAAUAAUAAGACAGAAGAGGAAGGUCUGGUAUCCAGAAAUUACCUACGUGAGCGUGAGGCCAUUCGAGUUGAUCCUAACCUCAGUCUGAUGCCAUGGUUCCACGGGAAGAUCAGUGGAGAAGAUGCAGUGAGGGUGCUCCAGCCCACUGAAGAUGGUCUGUUCCUGGUACGAGAAUCCAUUCGACAUCCUGGUGACUAUGUUCUGUGUGUCAGCUCAAAAGAGGAAGUCAGUCACUAUCGUGUCAUUUACAAAGACAACAAACUAACGAUCGAUGAAGAAAACUAUUUUUACAACCUUAUUGAACUUAUUGAGCAUUAUAUGAAAGAUGCAUGUGGACUUAUCACCAGAUUAACCAAACCAAAACUUAAGGAAGGCACAAAAUCAGCCGCAGAGGAGCUCUCAAAAACUGGCUGGUUACUUAACAUGCUGCAACUAACAUUGGGAGAACAGAUAGGGGAAGGGGAAUUUGGAGCUGUGUUUCAGGCCGAAUAUAUGGGGAAGAAGGUGGCUGUAAAGAACAUAAAGUGUGAUGUUAUGGCUCAGUCUUUCUUAGAAGAGACCUCUGUGAUGACGAAAUUAAUGCACAAGAACCUGGUGAAAUUGUUGGGAGUUGUAGUGGACAAUGGGCUGUAUAUCGUGACUGAAUUCAUGAGCAAGGGUAACCUCGUCAACUAUCUGAGAACAAGAGGAAGAUCGGUUGUUACACUGAAGCACCUGAUCCAGUUUGGGCUUGAUAUCUGUGAGGGAAUGGAAUACCUGGAAUCGAAAAAGCUUGUUCACCGAGACUUGGCAGCCCGGAAUAUUCUGAUCUCUGACGAAAGCAUCGCCAAAGUGAGCGAUUUUGGCCUGGCGAAGGGAGUGUCCAGUGCUCGAGACCAGGCAAAGCUGCCAGUGAAGUGGACAGCCCCUGAGGCUCUGAAACAGCAUAAAUUCUCCACCAAAUCGGAUGUCUGGAGUUACGGAAUUCUUCUGUGGGAGCUGUUUUCCUAUGGCAGAGCUCCCUAUCCUAAGUUGUCAUUGACGGACCUGGUGGAUAAAGUGGAGAAAGGAUAUCGGAUGGAAUGUCCGGAUAAGUGUCCCACCUCAGUGCACAACCUGAUGAAAUCCUGCUGGGAGUACGAUCCUGGCAAACGUCCCACCUUUAAAAAACUUAAGGACAAACUGGAGAAAGAGGGGAGAAAAUCAGAUUAUGUUUGAAGCAGGAACAAUCCAUGGUCAGGUUCAACCAGUGUUAAACUAUCCUAUUGAGCCAACGUACUGAGACGGAUCGUCUCCAGGAUUUUACUUUUGAGGCUAACAGCAGCACUUGGUGGAGAGUAACAGAUUAUACAUAACAGGAGAUAAAGAAAAACCCACCAAAGUCGUGCUGGUUUCCUAAAUUCACAAACCAAAGGUUCUCGUGCAUCUCUAAAUCAACUCUGUCAUCCUUCCAGUGCCUGAUCAACUUCCAACAGAGCUGCCCUCCAUAUGGUUGUGCUUGCUACAUAAGAUUAGAAAUUGCUGUCUUUGUUUGGGGAAUCCACAUGGAAUAUUAUAUAAUCAGCAUCAAACCAACCAUUUACUGUCAAUAUCACACCAACCCAUCAUCAUAAUCGAGGCUGAGGACAUUUUUACAUACAGCUCACCUUCCAGAGUUGAAACUGAUAUGGUACAGUGUCUGAUAAGAUAGAAUCUAAAUGAGCGUUAAAGCAAGCAGGUCUGCUGGACUGAAUGGCCUUCUGACAUAUUUCUCACAUUUUAGCAACGAUUGCCCUUUAAAAGUAUUCCAUUUGGCUCAAAAGUACUUUUGAACAUUCUGAGACCCAGACAGCUGCAACAUAAAUGUAAGGCUUUUUUCGGAUUUACUUUCAGUUUUUACAAAUGUUGAAGGCUGUUCUCUCUGUGGUACCCAUUCAACAUUGACAAUUUCAGACCUCAAUAGACACUUAACGCAAAAAUCUCUUCUCAGUAUUUUAUUAAAUGUUGAUGUGAUUGAGAAUCUGUUUGCAAUAAACUAAAACCUAUUUUUAAAACUGAGAUCCCGAAACUGGAUUAGGGCACAAUGCAGAGGGAGUAUCUAACUGAGUGAUGUGGCAGUCCUCACUUAAAGUUGUAGUUGCGUUCUUGAAAAUUGUGACUUUAAGUGAAAUGGCUUUAGAUGAAUCAGUUUCCUACCGAAUUCAAUGUAAAAGCUGUGGUUAGGUUCUGUCGGACCUUCCACAUCAGAACAAAAAUGGAAGAACCUUCAAGUUGAAAUGCUUUACAUUGCUAAAUUCCUGUUUUGAUGAAUAACUUUUAAUAUAAAAUAUAAAAAGUUAAAAGAAGUAUGGUAACUUUCUACAUCCAGUAUCUCCUACUACUGUUGAUUUGUACUUGCUACAGAUGUCAAUCCUUAAUCCUUUGGGUUUCUGUGGACCCCAUCUUCCUCUGACCUUCUGGCUCAAUGACCCUGCUGAUUGCUAACCCAACUUCUUGCCAAUUCUUGGGAAUUGCAAUCCGUCCCAUUGCCAAGCCUAUUCUCUGUUGAUCCGGCCAUCCCUCUUAAUCAUUUUUUUAACCAAAAAACAUAGUUUGUUUCUGGAUUAGUGAAACAUUUCUGUGCCCUUUAUCACAUCUUUAUACUGUUAGCAUUAUUGUAGAAAUCUUUUGCAGUUCCUGGGAUUUGUAAUGUUCUCUAACAGAUUGAAAGUAGGAUUAUGAGGCAGAACCAAUGUAAUUGUAAUAGAUUUCUUCGUUAUUUUCUCAUUAUUGAGAACUAUUCCAUGUGACAAUCUUAGAAAACAAGCCAAUAGGAGGAUUGUUAUCAUGAGGUAAAUUUUAUUCUCCUGGGGGAAAUUGAUGUACAGAGAGAUUUGGGUGUUCAGGUCCAUUGUUUCCUGAAGGUGGCAACGCAGGCCAGUAGAGUGGUCAAGAAGGCACAUGGCAUGCUUUCCUUCAUCGGAUGGGGUAGUGAGUACAAGAGUUGGCAGGUCAUGUUACAGUUGUAUAAGGCUUUGGUUCGGCCACAUUUAGAGCACUGCGUACGGUUCUGGUCGACACAUUACCAAAAGGAUGUGGAUGCUUUGGAGACGAUGCAGAGGAGGUUCACCAGGAUGUUGCCCUGUAUGGAGGGUGCUAGCUAUGAAGAGAGGUUGAGUAGAUUAGGAUUAUUUUCAUUAGAAAGACAGAGAUUGAGGGGGGAUCUGAUUGAGGUCUACAAAGUCAUGAGGGGUGUAGACAAGGUGGAUAGCAAGAAGCUUUUUCUCUAGAGUGGGGCCUCAAUUACUAGGGCUCAUGAGGAGGAAGGUUUAUGCGAGAUAUGCAUGGAAAGUUCUUUAUGCAGAGGAUGGUGGGUUCGCGUUGCCAGCGGGAGGGUGGUAGACGCAGACACGAUAGUGUGUUUUAAGAUGUAUCUGGACAGGUACAUGGAUGGGCAGGGAGCAAAGGGAUACAGACCGUUAGAAAAUAGAUGACAGGUUUAGACAGAGGAUCUCGAUCGGUGCAGGCUUGGAGGGCCAAAGGGCCUGUUCCUGUGCUGUAAUUUUCUUUGUUCUUUGUUCAAGGUUCAAGACAUCAACACUUUGUUUGCAAUUGUGUUCUCUCUCCUCCCUGAAAGUUCUGGCAUUCAUUAUGUCCCAGUGCCACAGCCUUCAAUAUGUCAUCUGUUUCUCAUGUGCCAACCUGGUUAGUGUUGGCAUGCAAUUCAACUGCAAAAAGCCAAUCGCAAUUCAUGUUUAUUAGUGUCACCCACAUUGUGCACUCGAUAUCAAGCUCCUAUUCCAGGAAGAUUUGGUUUCCAGACUUCCUGAGAUAGAUAAAAUUGAAAUUCAUUAGAAUUCCCAUCUUCCCACUUCCAUUCCUGCAGGUACAUGCCUCAUGAGUGUCAGUCCCACCUCUGAUACCUCAUCCUCAUGAUAUAUCUUCCCAUAGCAAUUUUAGACAGAACCACACUGGGGACCAAUUGCUACAUGGAUGAGCCCCACCAGAAGAGAAGUAAAUGUCAGAAGUAAAAGAUAGGCGGUCAUGGGGCCCUCUUACUUAAUGACUUACCUGUGGCAGGGAUCUAGCCUGUGGCAUGAUGCUGCCUGCUUUAGCCCAUGGGCAUUGACUGCCCAUCAGGCACCUAAGUGGGUAUCACCAAGCCUUCUCUAGCAUCACAGAACAGCCUUCACUGGGCCCCAACUUUCUCAUGCUGAGUCCCUGCAUCAGGAAUUGAAUACCGGAAGCCUGUAAACAAACACAAUGAUUUAGUGCAGUCCAGUACAGAGGUGUUGCUGAUCAGGGGAAGCCAAGUAGAACAAAAACAAAAUAAAAACAGCACAGGAAGAGGCCCUUCAGCCCUCCAAGCCUGCACCGCCACAUUUUGCCCUUCCAUACUAAAACUGUCUUCACUUACAGGAUCAGUAUUCCUCUAUUCCCUUCCUAUUCAUGUAUUCAUCCAGGUGUUUCUUGAAUGUUGCUGUUGUAUCUUCUUCCACCACCGCCUCUGGCAGUGUCUUCCAGGCACUCACCACCCUCUGUGUGAAAAACUUGCCUCACACAUCUCUUUUAACCUCCCCCUUCGCAUCUUGAACCUGUGUCCCCUAGUAAUUGAUCCCUCCACCCUGGAAAAAAAACACCUCAUACUUCCCACUCUAUCCAUGCCAUUAACAAUCUUAUAAAAUUCAAUCAAGUUGCUCUCCAACCUCCUGCAUUCCAGUGAAAACAAACCCAGUUUAUCAACCCUUUCUCCAUAGCUAAAAUUCCUAAAACUGGCAACAUCCUGUAAGCCUUUUUGGUUCCUCUACAAAGCACUCGCAUCUUUUUGGUAGUGUGGUGACCAAAACUACGCCAUAGACAAAGUGUAGCCGAACUAAAGUUCCAUAAAGCUGGGAGAAUCUGCCUAUCUUUAUACUGCAUGCUCUGUGGAUGUUACAGGCAGAAAAUCUUCACCGAGGUAGUAGUUUUCUGGAAUGGAUAGUACAUGUCAACUUCAAAUUAGCCUUACAAGUACAAAUUAUAGGAUUCUAAGGUGUAUUUCAAUGGGUUCUGGCAUUGCCGUGCAGUUCUAUAGAUAUUCAUUCUCCCUCAGAUACAUUUCCCAGCCACUGACUGUCAAUGGAGUGCUGUGUCCCAGGCACUGACGCUCACCUGGGUUGCAUUUCUGGAAUUCCCUCAUUAAAUCUCUUCCUCUCCGCCCCUCUCUUCUUUAAAACUGUCCCGUAGGAUCUGCUUCUUUGCCCAAGCCUACAAGCAUCUGUUCAGAUUUCUUCUUCUGAGGGUUAAUGUCAAACAUGUUGGUAUUGAUCACUCUCUCA